CAAUGUGUAUAACCAGCUUUUCUGUAAAAACUCUGGACCCAAACACCCAUUUUUCCUUCUUCUUUUUCAAUACUCGAGAGUUAAAGCGUUUUGCUACCUCUUGUUUGAAAUGAAAAAGACUCAAUAUAUUAUGAGAAUUAGGUAAAUAGCAGAAAAAUGCAGUACUCUACAGCAGCUCUACCCACCAUUUUCAAGCUCAUAAUCUUAACAAUAUUCCUACUGCAAGCCCUUCCUACUCUCACCAGUCUCUCCCCCUGCCGCACCUCCUGCGGUAACAUCCCAAUAAAAUAUCCCUUCGGCCUCGACGAUGGGUGCGGAGCUCCGCAGUUCAGGCACAUGUUCAACUGCACCAACUACUUGUUCUUCUCCACGCCUUCCGGCAUCUACAAAGUCCAGUCCAUUGACUACGACAAGAACACAAUGGUGAUCUACGACCCAGCAAUGUCUACUUGCUCCAUUCUGCAGCCCCACCACGACUUUGUUAUGACCGAUAUUCAGUCCGUCAUAAUACCUCCGGCGCAGGACACCAUCUUUGCCCUCCUCAAUUGCUCCAUCGACUCUCCCGUGCUUAACCAUUACAAGAAUCUCUGCUUCAACUUCUCCGGCCACUCCUGCGACGAACUCUACGGCGCCUGCAAUGCUUUCCGGGUGUUCCAUCUACUAACGAACAGCUCUCCGCCAUGUUGUUUUACUGGGUACGAUACAGUGAAGUACAUGAGCAUGAAUAUAUUGGACUGCACGCAUUAUACAACGGUGAUCAACACUGAUAAUUUGAAGGGAAUAGGGCCUUUGGAUUGGGUGUACGGGAUCAAGCUUUCCUUCACUGUUGCAGACACUGGAUGUGGACGCUGCUCCCAGUCUGGUGGCACUUGUGGUUUUGAUACUGAGACUGAGGGUUUGGUCUGCCUUUGCUCAACUUCUGGGAAUUCUACCAGAGAAUGUGCUGGAGGCAGUAUCACAGCUGAAGGACAGAGCCAUGCUCCGAGGAUUCUAUUCCAAGCAUUUGUGCUGAUUCUGGGCACAUUUCUUUGCAUAAGUUUAUGAUAAUCAUGUGUUAAUCUUUUUUGUUGGGAGCAAAAAAUAUGUGAAAUCUUAAACUUUAGUCUUUUUCUUUUUCUUUUGUUCUUUUUCUAAGCUUAAUCUGUAGACUUUAACUAUUGAGAAUCUACGACUUUGCUUGGGUUUUGAAUUCUUUUCAGUAGCAAA